AACAGAUUGUGAAUCCACGCGCCGCCUAAAUCCAAAUGCAUUGCAGAACAGAAGCGAAGGGAACAAAAUGGAGAAGAAGAGCAGAGUACUGAUAAUUGGAGCAACUGGAAAUUUAGGGUACCAUUUAGCACAGUUUAGCCUCCAAUUCUGUCACCCAACUUUUAUUCUUGUUAGAGACUCUGCUUUCACUGAUCUUAUCAAACUACAAAAGAUAAAUACUCUUUGUCAUGCUGGUGCCACGGCAGUCAGGGGGUCUUUGGAGGAUGAGAAGAGUCUUGUUGAGGCAGUGAAGCUAGUAGAUGUUGUGAUAUGUUCAAUUCCAUCCAAACAGGUUCUUGAUCAGAAGCUUCUUAUCAAAGCUAUUAAAAGAGCUGGGUGCAUUAAGAAAUUCAUUCCGUCAGAAUUUGGAGCAGAUCCAGAUAAGACUCAAAUUUCUCACAUGGACUACAACUUUUAUUCACGGAAGUCUGAGAUUCGACGUCUUAUAGAAGCUGAGGGCAUUUCCUAUACUUACAUCUGCUGCAACUUAUUGAUGCGCUAUUUACUUCCAUCACUAAUUCAACCUGGUUUGGAAACUCCACCAAGGGAUAAGGUUACAGUGUUUGGAGAUGGGAACGUUAAAGGUGUCUUUAUGAAGGAUGAAGAUGUUGCGGCCUUCACAAUUUGCACAAUCGAUGAUCCACGUACGCUAAACAAGGCGUUAUAUUUGAGGCCUCCAGGAAAUGUCUAUUCAAUGAAUGAGCUGGUCGAGAUUUGGGAAAGUAAGAUUGGGAAAAAGCUUGAAAAGAUUUAUGUACCAGAAGACCAACUUCUCAUGAAAAUCAAAGAAACUCCAUAUCCAGACAACAUGAUUCUGAUCUUUAUAUACUCGGUCUUUAUAAAAGGCGAUCACACAUAUUUUGACAUUGAAUCUACCGGAGGGGUAGAUGGGAUGCAACUAUACCCACAGCUAAAAUACACAACGAUCAGCGAAUAUUUGGAGACCUUAGUGUAACAUUGGAGUGAUCCUAAGUCCUACUUCAAGCUUCUUUAUUUGCUUGCGACCUCUUUGAUUUAGGGACUAACAAAGCGGUUAUUGAAGCUGAUUGAAAUGGGAAGAAGAAACAUUUGCAUAAGAAACUUACUACCCUGUAUUAGUAGAACUCUAUGUUGUAUUAUUUGUGUAAUGCAUAAUUAAAUUGUUUUUGAUAAUUAAUUCCUUCUGAUGGCCGGUACCAUGUUGUCCUUUCAAUUUCUAUAGGUUCUGGUUGAUUUAGCUUGAAGUGCUUUACCAAUGGCAGACCAUUGAGUGCCAUGAUUCAUUAGAAGUUUGUAAUAACACAUGCACUAUGGCUAUGAAUUGUAAUUUUUGGUUUAUGAGUAGAUAAUUGGCUUUUAUUUGAAGACGCAAA